UAAAUACUUAUAGGAUUACAAAAUGGGAUCUAUGGUAUAGGGUGCAACAGCCUGAACACAAUACAUACAAACACACUGUGCUGUUCUUGUGUUAAGUAGCUUUGUGCUGUUGUGUUGUUCUAAAAGUUCAAAUUCUACCUGGACCAGUUAAACAGGUCUGACCUGGAGGGGAGGGUGAGUGAUGAUUAGGCGAGUAGGUGAAAUAGGAAUAACAUCAAGUCAGAAAGAGAACAGCACAGAAUGAUUACAGACUUCAGGGAUUGUGAAUUGAGAUGAAGGUGAACAGAGUAACUAACCUGGAUUGCAUGUUGUUUGAGCCAGGCAAGCUUUGACCAGAUCUGAGGAUCGAAGCCUCUUGAGGGCGGCUGCGUCCCUGAGUAUUUUACUCUUCCAUUCUAAACCUCUGUAGUUCUGUGACAUGACUGACGACCAAGCAAGUGGAGCAGGAGACCAGCAGAAGCUCAAACAAAACACAAAACCUCAGUAUGACCAGAAAGACAGUAACCAACAGAAGGCAACAGAGAAGCCAGAAAAAUGUGAAGUACCCCGUCAGCGGAGUCAUAGCAGUGACUCGGAACGACGGGGAAGACGGAGGGAGCGAGCACAGGAACAUGGGAGUAAGAGGGAGCGUGGUAGGAGUGAAGAAUCCAGACGUGGCUCGAAGAGAAGCAACAGUGGCAGAGGCAUUAAAAAAUAUCACCAGGACAACCUAGAGGAAACAGAAUGUCCCAUCUGCUUCUGCAGCUAUGACAAUGUCUUUAAGACUCCUAAGUUGCUCGCUUGUGGCCACACAUUUUGCCUGGAGUGUCUGGCCCGCAUCAACGUCUUGUCUACUGAGAUCAAGAAGCUAUCGUGCCCUGUGUGCCGGGAGCUGACAGAAAUCCGUCAUGGCCGAGACUUGCCACAACUCGGCAACAACGAGAACAUUUUCCGCAAGCUUCCUCCACAGAUGCAGCAGGCACAGUCUGUGCGCUUUGAACGCAGUAAAGGCAAACUGGUCAUCAAGAACAGUCAUCUAACAAACUGCUUCAGGAAGAAGAGCACAGUUCUGCCAGUUAGGACCAUAGAGGAAGGUCUCGCAUCGAAUACAGCUGUAAACGUGGGCAGACCUCCGAGCAGAGUGAGAGGUCGCGUGAGAAGGUUGUUCCGGUCCAAUAAUUGCUACUACACUGUUGUGGUCUCCAUCAUUGUGGUCGCGGUGGCUCUAGUAAUUGUUGGAAUUUUGACCUUUGUGGUGAUGCCUAAUGUGAUUCUUGGAAGGAGACCUUCACAGGGCAAUGACAACGACAACAUGACUCAAGGGUAGUGGGAUCAUCCUUUUGUAUCAGUGGCCUAAUACAGAAAGCCAUGAUGCACUGCAUAAUGUAGACCUUUUGUGAAGAACCGUCUGUUGUAUCUAAAUAGAAAUGUUCACUAUAUAAGUGCUAUAAAUAUACACUAUGUAACUAUUAUUAUAGUUACUAAAGUGAAAAAACUAUGAAAACCCUGUGUCCCUCCAACCUGUCUUAAGUUUCACACAGUAUACAUGACUGAGGUGUAGCUGUACAUUUACAUGUCUUAACUUUCUUGUUGCCGAUUAUGACAAUGUGCUUUUAUUUUCUGUCCCCUGUUCAUAGAUGUCACUGCAGAGCAUUCAGGAACAAACCUAAAUUUAUUGUAUCGUUAAUCUUUCAGAGUAUUUUCAGCAAUGUUACAAGGAAGUGUUGGCACUGCUGGGGGAAAAAAUGGAAAUGCUGUUGGAUAUAAAAUAAUAAUUUAAAGCAAAAUUGUGUACAUUAAAAACACUUGUCUUUUGGUCCUUCAGUACCAGAACUAAUCAUAACCUCUGACUGAAUAUGUGCUCUGUCGCCAAGGCAUAAUGGCCGCCAAUGACUCUACUAGAAGUUAACAAUCAGAUGAUGCAGAAUGUCUCCUAAAGCUGUUAUUUAGGACAUCCCACAGGUCCUGAAGAUCAAGUAACAGCAAUCUGAUCUUUGACGUCUAUUAAACCCUAGCCAGGACAGCAUGUUAACCACCACAUCUUUACUUUUAGUGACAUUUAUGUAUGGCCUUUUUCAGCCUAAGUACUAAAUUAUGAUUAAGCAUUAGCUCACUUGGAGGUCCCUCAUCACACAUGCCUCAUAAACAUCUCUCUUAUGAAUGGGGAAUGCAAUGUUUUCUGUAAUAGUACACACUCUGUAACUAACAUUUAUACAGGUUAGCUUAGACAUACAGUAUAAGUUAGAUCUGUUAAUAGCAACUGGAAUAAAAUAAACCAAAUAUAUGUUCGGUUUCCAAAAUGAGAUGAAGUCCAGCACUGGGUCUUAAUUUUUAUUAAGAUAUAUAUAAAACAUGUGACUUGACCAGGCAGCAACCAAGAAAUUCAUACAUACUGACUGACUGACAAGAUCUUUUAAUAAGGGAGCAUUUGUGGACAUUUGGUGUAUAUGUUACUUCAGUCAAGGCGUUUCAGAAUGAGUAUAUUUCGAGUGUGUGAGACUGUUUACAAGGUUACACACCUAUACCUUUAUCUUUAACCAUUUACUGGGUGGAUGUGUUUGCCCUUUUCCUUCAAAACUGCUUUUCAAAAAAAAAAGGUGAGGGCAUUUCUUAACCUGAUCUUUGACAUUAUUAUUAAACAAAUACCAAACAA